AUGACCGCCAUCGAAUACUCUAGCAAAGCGAAAGAAGUGCUUAACGACGGCGAGCUGCAGUCCGUUCUGCCUCGCGAGUUCUUGUACGGAGCGGCUUCUGCCAGCUUUCAGAUCGAAGGCGGUGCCCAUCUCGAUAACAAAUCUUCCAGCGUAUGGGAUACUUGGACGAGGACAAUGCCGUUUUCGGGUGAGCAAGCAUGUGACUCGUACCAUCGGUUCCGCGACGACGUUGCCCUUCUCAAACAAUACGGCUUCAACUCGUAUCGGUUUUCGCUGUCGUGGCCGAGGAUUCUGCCUCACGGCAAGGCCGGCUCACCGGUGAAUCAGGCCGGAAUGAAGUAUUACAGCGAUUUGAUCGAUGCUCUACUGGAGGCCGGCAUUACACCUGUCGUUACACUCUUCCACUGGGAUCUCCCACAGUGUCUUGCGGAUGAGUAUGACGGUUUUCGAUCUCACCGUGAUAUCAUUCGAGACUUCUCCGCAUACGCACGUAUCUGCUUUGAAUACCUCGGGGACCGAGUCAAGCAUUGGAUUACCAUCAACGAGCCCCAAAUAUUCACCCUCUUCAACGGUGUCGCCCUCCUCAAAGAUUCUUGGCGACCUAUACAAGAUUAUGCAAUCUUCGCGCGGUCCCUCAUUCUGUGCCACGCUCACGCGUAUCGUCUGUACAAGGCUGAAUUUGCUGCUCAGCAGAAAGGCAUCAUUGGAAUCACGUUGAAUUGCGAUUGGGUGGAGCCUUUCGACGAGUCUGAAAAAUCCAUAUCCGGUGCUCAGCUUCGUCUGGACUGGAAUCUGAGCUUGUUUGCGGACCCCAUAUAUCUUGGGCGUUGCAACGAGACGAUGCAGCACGAGCUUGGCGAGUACAAGCUCAACUUCACACCCGACGACUGGCAGGUGGUCGCUCACAGCUCUGAUUUUACUUGCUGGACGGACGGGGAGCGCGUCCCAUCCGAAGGCGCUCAUGCCUUUAUAAUCGGAUUCGGCUGCACCAACCAGAUCUUUGAAAAGGACGGAAAGCCGCUGGGCACCACAGGUCACAUGGGACACCCCGUUGAUGCACCUUGGGGCUUUCGCAAACUGCUUCGCUAUGUCAACGAACGGUACAUACGAGACACCGGCAUGGCAAUCAUGGUAACCGAGAACGGGAUGAGUGUCGCCAAUGAAGCCCAAGCUUCGCGAGUGGAUCAGAUCAACGACGUGGUACGCCAGGAGUAUUACGCCGGGUACAUCCGCGAACUGGUGCAAGCCGUCCGCGAUGAUGGGAUAUUGAUUUCGGGGUACAUGGCUUGGUCUCUACUAGAUAACCUCGAAUGGGUAUGGGGAUACGAACCGCGGUACGGUCUAACGAUUGUUGACCACGAGAACGCGUUCCGGCGCAUUCCCAAGCACUCCGCUUAUCUUUUGCGCGACAUCUUUAGACAAGUGAUUAGAAGGAGUGAUUGA